AAAUAUAUUAAUUUCGUCAAAGGAGGAUAAACAUAUCAGCCAAUAAUGCAACAUAAAUUAAAUUCUUUUCUCUCUUUCAACAUUAAUCCUUCCUACCAAAACACCAUUAAAUAGUGGAGCUUGCAAUCACAAAAUCUCAAUAACCCAACCAUGAACAAGUAUUACUCUUCUCCAUUAAUCCCUCUUUUUCUUGCCUUCAUUUUUCUAUCUUCAUCUCGAUUCUGGACCUUAGCGGUUGCUGACAAACAUGAAUCCUUUCUACAGUGUCUCCUCAAUCACUCUCCCGAUGGUAAUUACUCUAUUUCUAAAGUCAUACACACUCCAAUCAACUCCUCUUAUUCUUCUGUUUUAGACUUCUCCAUUCGAAACCUUAGAUUCUCGACGGCUGAAACCCCAAAGCCACUCCUCAUCAUAACACCAUCACAUGUUUCCCACAUCCAAGCAGCCGUUGUUUGCUCCAAACGCUAUGGCUUUCAAAUCCGAACUCGAAGUGGUGGCCAUGAUUUUGAGAGACUUUCCUACGUAGCCCAUCUCUCAUUCAUCAUAGUUGACCUUAUAAAUCUCAGGUCCAUCUCUGUUGAUGUCAAAAACAACAAUGCAUGGGUUCAUUCUGGAGCAACUCUAGGUGAACUUUACUAUAGUAUUGCUCAAAAAAGUCGAACCUCGGCGUUUCCAGCAGGUGUUUGCCCCACGGUUGGAGUUGGUGGACACUUCAGUGGUGGUGGAUAUGGAUUGUUGCUGAGGAAAUAUGGUCUUGCUGCUGAUAAUGUGAUUGAUGCUUACUUGGUUGAUGCGAAUGGGAAGUUUCACGAUAGAGAGUCGAUGGGGGAAGAUUUAUUUUGGGCCAUUAGAGGGGGUGGUGGAGGGAGCUUUGGAAUCGUGGUGGCGUGGAAGGUGAAGCUGGUACCAGUGCCCGCGACUGUGACACUUUGCCAAACUAACAGAACUUUGGAGGAAGGUGCAGUCAAGCUAACCCAUCGGUGGCAAUAUGUGGCCAACAAAUUGGAUGAAAAUCUAUUCCUAGGCAUCCUUUGGCUUGGUGGGAAUGUUACAAGUCAAGGAGGAGGCAAAACAAACCCAGUAGCUACAUUCUUCUCUUUGUUUCUUGGCCAGGCAGAUGAGCUUCUGGCAAUCUUGAACACAAAAUUUCCUGAGCUAGAUCUGGCAAAGAAAGACUGUAUAGAAACGAGCUGGAUUGAAUCCACUGUCCUUAUGGGCAUCGGAUUUCAAACUAAGGUGACCUUGGAAGCUCUGCUAAGUAGAACACCUCUCACCAAUAUAAGCACAAAAAUCAAAUCUGACUAUGUCAAGGAACCCAUUUCUGAAGCUACAAUCCAGGGCAUAGGGGAGAGAUUAAACGCUCAAGAUAUAGAAAGCGGAAACCUUAUAUUUGUUCCCUAUGGUGGGAGAAUGAGCCAGAUUUUCGAGUCGGAAACUCCUUUCUCACAUAGAGCUGGAUAUUUGUACAAGAUUGGCUACAUCACCUCAUGGUUAGACCAAAGCAUUGAUACUGAGAAAAGGCACCUGAGUUGGAUACGAGAGCUUUACAGUUACAUGGCUCCUUUCGUUUCAAAAUCGCCGAGGGCUGUAUAUGCCAAUUACAGAGAUCUUGAUAUUGGAUCAAAUAAGAGGUAUGGAAAGACAAGCUACAAGCAAGCCAGCACCUGGGGGUUCAAGUAUUUUGGGAAUAAUUUUAAUAGGUUGGUGCAUGUUAAGACCAAGGUUGAUCCUUACGAUUUUUUUAGGCAUGAGCAAAGCAUACCCACCCUCGGACAGACGAUACAUCUUACUGAAAUAAGUGUGAUAUUAUAUUAUUUUUACUUGUGUUUAAACUAUGCCUCAACCUAGCUAUUUUCUGUAGUAAAAUAAGGGGCAUGUACUUUACAAACAUAUAUCUAUGCAUCCAAUUAUAGGUAUGUUUAGUGUGUUUGGUGUAAUAAAGUAAGUUUUUUUUUCUUGAA